AUGCCUACCGGAAAAGCCACCGCCUCCGUGGACGGACAAACUAUCGCCGAGACGACCGAGUGGGAAGAGGUCGAGGGAAACGUUUACUUUCCCCCGCAGGCCGUCCGGAAGGAUGAGUACUUCACCGACACGGACCUGCAUACCCACUGUCCGUGGAAGGGUGACGCGAGUUAUUAUUCAAUCAACGUCGGAGGCAAAAAGUUAGACAACGCAGCUUGGUAUUAUCCCACUCCCAAGGCCGAAGCGCAGCAUAUCAAGGAUUAUGUCGCAUUCUACAAGACCAAGGUCAAUGUCACCAAGACGACUUCCUAA